AUCAUUUCCAAUUCUAUUCUUGUUCAUACUUCAUUCGUAGCCCUUUCUUUCUCUAUAAAUAAGUUUCUUCCAGCUUCAACAUUUCAUCUAAUACAAGGAAUAAAAGUCCAUUCAUAACUCUUACUCCAUAAUCUUGUAACUGACAUUGUUUUUUUUUUUUUUAUCGAAUUAGGGGGUGGGAAACAAUGGCAAAGGCAAUUAGAUUCUUUGAGUUAAACACUGGGGCCAAGAUUCCUUCUGUUGGAUUGGGUACUUGGCAAGCUGAACCUGGUGUCGUAGGCAAAGCUGUCACCACUGCUAUUCAGGUUGGAUACAGGCAUAUUGAUUGUGCUCAAGCCUAUGGCAAUCAAGCAGAGAUUGGUUCAGCUCUCAAGAAGUUGUUUGACGAUGGUGUUGUAAAGCGCGAAGAUUUGUGGAUCACCUCCAAACUCUGGUGUUCAGAUCAUUCCCCAGAAGAUGUGCCGAAAGCAUUCGAUAAAACUUUGCAGGAUUUGCAGCUUGACUACCUUGAUCUCUAUCUGAUCCACUGGCCAGUCCGCUUUAAAAAGGGAUCGGUUGGAUUCAAGCCUGAAAAUCUUGACCAGGCUGACAUACCCAGCACAUGGAGAGCCAUGGAGGCGCUAUACGACUCCAGAAAGGCUAGAGCCAUAGGAGUUAGCAAUUUCUCUUCAAAGAAGCUUCAAGAUUUAAUUGCGGUUGCACGAGUGCCUCCUGCUGUCAACCAAGUUGAGUUGCACCCAGCAUUGCAGCAGCCAAAGUUGCAUGCAUUCUGCGAAUCUAAGGGAAUUCACUUAUCUGGAUACUCACCAUUGGGGUCACCUGGAAAUCUCAAGAGUGACAUCCUUAAGAAUCCUGUUGUCAAUAUGGUUGCGGAAAAAUUGGGUAAGUCACCUGCACAAGUGGCCCUUCGAUGGGGAUUACAAAUGGGGCAUAGCGUGUUGCCAAAGAGCACCAAUGAAGAGAGAAUCAAGGCAAAUCUUGAUGUCUUUGACUGGUCUAUUCCUGAAGAACUCAUGGCCAAGUUCGCCGAGAUCAAGCAGAAAGCUUCUUUUUCUUUUCCCCAAUGACUCGAGGAAAUUUAUUUGUCCAGGAGAGGUUAAUCAAGGGUACUGCUUUUUUUAAUGAGACCUAUGGCCAGUAUAAGACCAUUGAAGAACUCUGGGAUGGCGAACAGUGAGCGAAAUGUAACUGCAUUGCGACGUUUACAUUGAUACACUCAGAUUGUUUCCGUCAUUGGUCUAUUUAGUAUCCAAAACUACAAGUGGAAUGUGAUUUGAUUAUGUUGGUUUCAGGGUAGUGCUGCUCUUGGUUAAUAAUUCAGCAAGAUACCAAGAAUCAUUUACUUAUGUAUUGCUACAAAUAGACCCAUAGUUUU